GACCAUCUGGAUGAAAUUUCACACCAAAAACUUCUCCUUGAUGUCCUUCUAAGAGCAUGAUAGGAGCAAAUAGCGAUGACGUCCUUGGUGGCCCCUAAGAAGUUUCAAAUGUCGUAUUUUUACAAAGCAAUCAAAGUGUUCAAGAGACAAUAUUAAUAAUGUCGGCGUGGGCAAAAAUACAGGCAAAUGAAGAGCCUAUCAGUUUUGAUCAAAUUAGAUCAGAGCAGUUGGCUCAAAGUUUGCAAGAAAAAGAAGUGAAAAAGCAUCUUGAUUCUGUUGUUAAAAAACACCCAGAAAUUCCAGAGCAAACAGUCUCUGAUUUACAGGAGUCUCCAAAACUAUUUGAAAUUGACCAGACAGAAAGCGAUGAAAUGAUUGCACAAUUAUUACAAACAGAAAUGAAUCAGGAGCAUGACCUCAUGCUCAAGCGUACUGAAAAGAAAUUCAAUCGUAAUUCAAAAGUUAACAUUUCAUACUUGAAUUACCGAGCCGGAAUUGGUGAGCCUGAGGAACCUAAGAAAGAUGACGAUGAAGAAAGAGAUUUUGAUAGAUUUGUUAGUAUUGAGAAAGAGUUUGCUUCAAUACCUCGUUGUGGCUAUAAGAAAAUUAGGGAGGGUGAAGGAUCUCAAAUUCUUACAAAACACGAUGUAUUGAUGAACUCCCGAAUAAAUGCAUGUCGUGUACUUGAGUUUCCUCCGGGAAUUCAGACAGGCGACACUGGUGGAUUCGAUGUGAAAUUGAAUAACAAAGUAUUUAACUCUCUAAGGCAACACAGCUAUGCACAUUGCUCCAGAGAGAGGGCCAAGGCUCAUUCAAAGCCACAGCCUAAAAGCCAAGCGCCAUCAAAAGAUACAGAGUAAAGACUAUGUAUCUAUACUGUUGAAAAAUUGAAAGAGAUUUUUAAAAAUAAUUCAUGUCAAAAAAGACAACAAAUUUAAAAAUGCAUAGCUCAUGAUAAUAACAGUAAAAUUUUACUAUUCAAAAAACAAUAAAAUAGUUUAUUA